AUGGAGUCUUCUCUCACAGCAGGUAGGGGGAUGCAUGCGAAUGCUUGCCGCCUCUGUGCCUCCCCCUCAGUGACGCUCUUCCACACAGACAAGUUUCGGGAGUACUAUCGCUGCCAUCAGUGCAGUCUUGUGUUUGUGCCCGAUCGCUUCAUACUGUCAAGCGCGGAGGAAAAGGCCGUGUAUGACUUGCAUGAGAACAUCCCUGGUGACACAGCCUACGAGAAAUUUCUCUCCCGCGCAGCGCAGCCGCUCGCCGAUUACCUUUCGGCCAACAUUGAUUCUCGAACGCUACGUCAGCCCCAGGGCCUCGACUUCGGAUGUGGACCUGCACAAGUUCUCGCUCAAAUGCUCUCCGCCGCUCCUUACAACUUUUCCAUGGAUACCUUCGAUUUGUAUUACUUUCCAGAGACGAGUCACUGCCUUGAACGCGAAGAGCACUACGACUUUAUCACAGCCACGGAGGUCGUGGAGCAUUUGCGGGACCCGCUUUCAGUGUUUCGCACACUCUGGCGCUGCAUCCGCCCUGAUGGCGGGGCUUUAGUAAUUAUGACAAAGCGCGUGCACGGUACCAUCGAGCGCUUUCGCAACUGGCACUACACCCGUGACCCCACACAUAUUACAUUCUUCCACACGGCAUCAUUCCAGUGGCUCGCAGAUUCGCUUCCGUCCAACGGCGAAACGUGUGAAACGCGCUUUGUUGGCGCUGAUGUGACGCUUCUCAUAAAAAACAAACCAGAUUUCUGA